CCAUUUGCGUUUAUUACAGGUCAGCAGUGGCAGUCCGUCUUCGCCUUUGGUGUAAUAGGGAAUAUUUUCUUGCUUUGGAUCAUCGUGAUGGCCGUCCAAGUCUUUUACGACGACACGUAGCGGAUCCGUGCCACUAUGGCACAUAGUCGGCCUACGAUUUUCACACCCAAUUUUGGAUUUUUUGGGUUAAUUACUCCGUUUGCUUCUUAUUGGAAGGUGUAUGCCAUGUAUGAUUUGGAACGACCUGAAUUUCUGCAUCUCGGUUACACUACGGGCAUAUUCUGGCGUUGGGUGUUAUACGGGUCGAGCGGCGGUACAACUUUUACAAUGUGGAUUUCUGGUUUAUUUGGGGAAGAUGGGGACAUUGAGAUACCAACAGGCUAGAUAGAGACACGUGCUUGAUGCUGCAGAUGAUUAUGUAUUUUACAAUGUGUGCUGUAUUUUACUUAUUAAUUGUGCCGAUGGCAGUAUUGUUA